GGAAAUCAUAACCACUAGACCAUCGAGGAUCUGUUGAAGAACGGAAUUUCUAAAAUGUUUUAAGUCCAGAGGUUCACUGAAGGCAGCUGGAAUCAAGGGAGAAGUGGUCGGACAUAAACAACAUUGCACCAAGAAUUCAUGCAUCACCCAAACAAUCCCAGCAUGCCAUCCCUCGUUUCGACUCGAGGGCCACUCUCCCUUCUUGCAUCGGUUCAUCUUUCCUUCAUCUACGCCUCAAUGUUUGGCGCAUUCUGCUUUCUUUCCAACCCGAGUGACUGAUUCUUGUCUUCCGGGGUUGACUUCCGUCCAUGAUGCGACUCAUACGCUCCCUGUCUCUCCUCCUCACGGGCAUCGCCGCCGUUCUUGCGGACGUUGAGUUUGUUGUCCCGACGGCAGGUACCAUCUUCAAAGCUGGAGAUGUCGUGACGGCGCAUUGGAGGGACACAGGCCGCUUCCCUCAAAUCUCAGAUCUGACAAUGUACGAUCUAUGCCUCUGCACCGGUGAAAAGACUCCAGGAUCCCACACGGAAUUAUCCACUCUUGUACAAGGGGCGAGAUUUGCGCGAGGCAGUUCGGUUUCCUUCAGGGUCGACCCUGAAUUGGCGAGCCACGAACCAAAUGCAUACUUCCUCAAGAUGAGCUCGACAGGCCCCGAAAUUUCCGUAAUCAAUUUUUCCCAGCGGUUCUCCGUGUUCGGUGCCCAUGCAACCGAAGAGAGGCUGCAGGAAGAAUCCCAAGAUAGGUCCCUGGAGAAACGACAGGGUGUAGCAGCGCAGGGAGCACAGGCACCGCAGGCAACGCAGGCCACUGGAAGCUAUGCGAUCCCCUACAACUUGCAGACAGGGCCGACACGAUAUGCCCCCCAACCCAAACCACCUGGAACGACCAUUCCGCCCAAAAAUGUCAAGCCGACACCACAGAACCCAACCAGCCCGUACGUCGUGGCGGUCACACACCUUCCUCAGCCGACUGUCGAGAAGACCACAUCGGAAGAUCCGACGCGUACUGUUUGGGAAAUGGAGAACACUGUAUGGUUCCUGGCUCUGUAUGGAUGAAUGAUAUGCUAACCAUUUGCAUCAUAGGCUGCCCCGGCUCCACACCCGCAUGGUUCGAAGGGUAAGCGUGAGGGAUGAACGGAUUGGAUCUUGUCUUCCUGCAAUAGUUCGAGGUGAGCGUGGG